GAUAUAUACCGCCACAGAAGCGGGUCAGCUGUUCCCGACCCGUCAGUUCCGUGUGAAUGCCACUUGUCCGCCGAAACUUCGGGUCGACUGUGUGAAAUUUGGGAAAUUGGUUGAUCAAAUGACAAAAAUGCAUUGCGAUUCACGUGGCCCGAGGGAACAUACAGCCAGAUUCAAGUGACAAGCAGCUCCCCGCAGCAGCAAACGCAAAGCACGAAGUGCCUACAACAAAAGUAAACCCUACAAAAGUAAACCCUCCCUGACGCAGGGAUUCGGGAAUCCGCAGGAUUCGUGGGGCGUAACGAUAUGAAACUGCUGGGCAAAUACGUGGACAAGGGCAUGCAGGGCAAUGUGACCCUCAUGCCCGAGGAGUCGGAGGACAUGUGGCACGCGUACAACCUGAUAGCGGAGGGCGACAGCGUCCGCAGCACCACCAUCAGAAAAGUGCAGAACGAGACGGCGACCGGCUCCUCCACCAGCAGCCGGGUGCGCACCACCCUCACCAUCGCCGUGGAAACGAUCGACUUCGACACCCAGGCCUGCGUGCUGCGCCUGAAAGGGCGCAACAUCGAGGAGAAUCCCUACGUGAAGAUGGGCGCCUACCACACCCUCGACCUCGAGCUGAACCGCAAGUUCGAGCUGCGCAAGCCCGAGUGGGACACUAUCGCCCUGGAGCGCAUCGAGAUGGCCUGCGAUCCCACCCAGUCGGCCGACGUUGCCGCCGUUGUCAUGCAAGAGGGACUGGCCCAUGUCUGCCUCAUCACCGCCAGCAUGACGCUGGUGCGCAGCAAGAUCGAAGUCUCCAUACCACGCAAGCGAAAGGGCAGCGUCCAGCAGCACGAGAAGGGCCUGGCCAAGUUCUACGAGCAGGUGAUGCAGAGCAUCCUCCGUCACGUCAACUUCGAUGUGGUCAAGUGCGUGCUGAUCGCCUCGCCCGGCUUUGUGCGGGACCAGUUCUACGACUACAUGUUCCAGCAGGCCGUCAAAAUGGACUACAAGCUGUUGCUGGACAACAAGAGCAAAUUCAUGCUCGUCCAUGCCUCGUCAGGGUUCAAGCAUUCGCUAAAGGAAGUUCUCCAGGAUCCCGCUGUGGUGGCCAAAAUGUCUGAUACAAAGGCCGCUGGCGAGGUCAAGGCUUUGGAACAGUUCUACAUGAUGCUCCAAUGCGAACCGGCCAAGGCCUUCUAUGGCAAGAAGCACGUGCUGCGCGCUGCCGAAUCCCAGGCCAUCGAGACGCUGCUCAUCUCCGACAAUCUGUUUAGAUGUCAGGAUGUUAAUCUCAGGAAGGAGUAUGUCACCCUGGUGGAGUCUGUUCGCGAUGCUGGAGGCGAGGUGAAAAUCUUCUCCAGCAUGCACAUCUCAGGAGAACAACUGGCUCAACUAACUGGAGUGGCGGCUCUAUUGCGUUUCCCUAUGCCCGAACUGGAGGACAGUGACGAUGAUGAUGAUGAGGAUGGUGCGGCAGGCGGAGAUGAUAGCGAUAGCGACUAGGAGGAAUAGAGAAAGCAAGGAUAGAGUAGAGUAGAAUGGAGUGAAAUGGAAGCUGGCGAGAAGUUAGGCAUUUGUUAAACGAAAAAUUUGACUUAGGACUUAACUAGCGAUCGAUUAUACACGUAGAUUAAUAGAUAUGUACUACAGACAGACUGCGGACUGCGUCAGGGCUUAUACAAUAUACUACUAUAUACAUACGAUACGAUACGAUACGGAUACGAUAUACUUAUACUUAUAUACAAACUAUUGCUUAAGUUUUUACCCCCCAUGGCUGGGCCUAGAGAUUCGAUUGUGUUCUGUUCUCGAAGAAGGACUCUGAAGGAAAGGAAACCAAACCCCGAAACCACUUGAUACUAUUGCUAACAGAUUUCUAUUGAUUGAUUUUAAAACUAAUUUCGAGUUGCUGUUGACAAUUGUUGUACAAUAUUUUAAAUUUUAGCUCAGUUUUUUACCCCGCAUGUAAAUUAAUUGUUCAUCAUUUUGUAAAGUGCAAAAUAAAGAUUAUACAU